UUGAAUCGUGCGAUUUCUUCGAGCUACAGAUGAAAAAUCUUUUGGAGCAUAUCGAAGAGACCUGGAAAAGGACACAAGUCGGACCGCAGAAUAAAAUAUUACAAAAUUACGCAGAACAAAACAGAACAUUAAUAAUAAGAUAUGCAUCUCUAAUUUAUACAUUGACUAUUUUUUAUACUAUGAUGCCUAUCAUUGUCAGUGGAUUGUACUUAUUUUUACCUACGAACGAAACCUACACGGCUAGGUAUCUAUUUCGCUUCGAACACAUUCUCGACGUGGACAAGUACUUUAACCUAUUGAUGCUUUAUGGAUUUAUCAGUAUAUUCUUCAUAGUAUCAGUGUGGGUAGCUGCUGAUGGUAUGUUCAUACUUUGCACGCAGCAUGUCUGCGCAUUAUUCGACAGUAUACGGUAUAACAUGCAGCGCAUACGAGGCUCGGAUUUUGUGAUGGCCGAACCAAAUAGAGCAGACGAUGAAGCGUAUCAUGUCAUAAUUGAUUGCAUCAAAUCAUACAGACGUGCCUUAAAAUUUUCCGAGCUGCUUUCAUCCACCUACGCAACAUAUUUUCUUUUUCUAUUAGGAAACGUAGUAAUAGCUAGUAGCUUCAGCGCAGCUGAGUUGAUAAUAGCGGAUCUUCAAUUGGAUGAAAUUAUCAGAAUCGUCUCUUGUAACAUCGGAUUAUUGCUACAUAUAUUUUACCUAAGCCUGAUGUCACAACGAAUGACAGAUCAUAGCAGCAGAUUUCGUGAAGUAAUUUACAGCUGUAACUGGUACAAGAUUUCACAGAGAUCCAAAAAACUAUUGAGAUUUACGUUAUUGCGAGCUUCUAAACCGUGCCAAAUAAAAGCUGGCAAAAUGUUCGUAAUGUCAAUGGAGAAUUUCAGCUCGAUCAUACGAGCCUGCAUGUCUUAUGUCGCGGUGCUCACAUCAUUGCAAUAAUAAUUGUAUAAUAUAUUUAUAUAUGAUGGAGUCUUUUUAAUGCGUUAUAAUCAAUCAUAUUUUUUA